AGAGAAAGGCGCUGUCAGACUGCGCUCCACCUGGGGCUCGCCUGCCGCGGGUUUCCGCGCGCCCACACUUUUCUGCGGUCGAGGGGACGCCCCGCCACAAUUCAGGCUGUCGUUCUCCCCGGGCCCGGGUUCGAGCGCCAUUAGCGCCGACGAGCGCCAGGAUCUUCACGCGGAGCCCUCCGGAGUCCCGCCCGCUGGAUUCGAGGACCCGCUUGGAUGCUUCGCCUCCGAGCGCCCUCGGAAGAUGGGCCGGCAGCCACGCGCGUAAAGACACCUAGGGGUUACCAGUCUCCAAGACAGACCCGGAGGGCUCGGCCCGGGCUUCCGCGGCGGAGGAAAUGGCUUCCAGCCCGCUGCCGGGGCCCAACGACAUCCUGCUGGCAUCGCCGUCGAGCGCCUUCCAGCCCGACGCGCUGAGCCAGCCGCGGCCGGGCCACGCCAACCUCAAACCCAACCAGGUGGGCCAGGUGAUCCUCUACGGCAUUCCCAUCGUGUCGUUGGUGAUCGACGGGCAAGAGCGCCUGUGCCUGGCACAGAUCUCCAACACUCUCCUCAAGAACUUCAGUUACAACGAGAUCCACAACCGUCGUGUGGCGCUGGGCAUCACGUGCGUGCAGUGCACGCCGGUGCAGCUGGAGAUCCUGCGGCGCGCCGGGGCCAUGCCCAUCUCAUCGCGCCGCUGCGGCAUGAUCACCAAGCGUGAGGCCGAGCGCUUGUGCAAGUCGUUCCUAGGCGAAAACAGGCCGCCCAAGCUGCCCGACAACUUCGCCUUCGACGUGUCUCAUGAGUGCGCCUGGGGCUGCCGCGGUAGCUUCAUCCCCGCGCGUUACAACAGCUCCCGCGCCAAGUGCAUCAAAUGCAGCUACUGCAACAUGUACUUCUCACCCAACAAGUUCAUCUUCCACUCGCACCGUACGCCCGACGCCAAGUACACGCAGCCGGACGCAGCCAACUUCAACUCGUGGCGCCGUCAUCUCAAGCUCACUGACAAGAGUCCCCAGGACGAGCUAGUCUUCGCCUGGGAGGAUGUCAAGGCCAUGUUCAACGGCGGUAGCCGAAAGCGCGCGCUGCCCCAGCCGGGCGCGCACCCCGCCUGCCACCCGCUCAGCUCGAUAAGAAUAAGGAGCAUAGCUUUUUCAUCACAGACUCUGAUGCUUCCGGAGGAGAUUUUUGGAGAGAAAGAUCAGGGGAAUUGUACACGGGUAAAUGAGGACAGCGUUUGGUUCUGA